AUGGAGCCGCCAGCGCGGCCUUUGGCCACGCGCCUCACCGCCCAGCCGCCCACUCCGACUCCCCGCCCCCGGCCACGCGCCGGCAGUUCCGGCGCGGCUCGGUGCGGCGUGGCGCGGGCGGCGGGGCCGGCGGGGGCCUUCGCCUCGCUUGGCCUGGCGCGGCAGCGCGAGAGGCGGCAGGCGCUGAGCUCCGCGGAGCUGCUGGUGGACGGGGACCGGCACAGCGCCUUCGAGGUCUCCCAGGCCCUGCGCGCCCUGCGCCGCGGCGGAGGCGGCGGAAGCCCCGGGCGGCGGGCGGCGCGGGCCACGCUCUUCGUGGCGCCGGGCUCGCAGAAGCUGAAGGACGGGCUGCGGGAGCAGCAGCAGUCCAUCUCCACCGUAGAGGUUCCGAGGCGCGGCGUUCAGGGCGAGCCCAACGACGAGGCCCUGGUGCGACACCUGCGGCGACUACUAAACGCGCGAGGAAACGUUUGCUUGGCCAUCCUGGUGUCGGACGCCGGCUUUGCUCAGGUGGUGGAGGAAGCGGUGGCUCUCGGCCGGGAGGUGGUGGUCUUCGUGCCAGAGCUGCGCCCCGGCGUCGCGGAGGUCUUCGAGGCCACCGGCGCGCAGGUGCUGCGCCUGGCGGCCCGACACCAGGACACCGCCUUCAAGACCCGGGCCACCUUGCAAGGGGAUGGCACGGGUCUUGUGGAGCUCAUGGCGGCGGAGCCGCGGCAAAGCUGCGACUCCACGCCACUGCGGGACUUUCUGGCGCACUAUGGGUUCUGCGGCCGGGAGGAGCGGGUGGAUUUGCUGCUGCCCUCGCUGGCGAAGUUUUGGUUCAUGCACCAAAGUCAUUUGAGGCCAGCCCUCACGGUGUAUCCCUACCAGCACGCGGUGACUGAGUUGCUGCAAAUGCUGGCAGCAGGCAACAAGUGGCAGCGCUACCAGAAGGAUCUCGCCUUCCUCUUUCCCACCCGUGGGGCGCGCAGACCCACCAGGGCUCAGGUGAAGACCUAUGGCUGUGGACAUGCGCUGAGCCUCUUUCGGGGGGGCGGGCCCUGCAUGCUCCAUGACUCCCAGGACCUCGCUCAGCGGGUGCUGCGGCGCUUGGGCUACUUGGACGACGACCUGAACUCCGACUUGCCGGAGGCCAUCCAGGUCUUCUGCAACACCGCCAACAACAAGGGCGCGCUGCGGCGCAACUUCGAUCUGACCGAAGGCGCUUCGGUGUCCACCUUGGAACGCCAGCUGCGGCGGGCCUUCCUCUCCUCCAGCUCCACCGGCAUGUGGGAGGCCUCCCCCUCAGACGAAGCCGUGCGCUUGCAGCUGCGGCGCGCGGGGCUGGUGACGCCCGAUGCGCCCAGGGAAGAGGUGCUGGAGGCCAUGCGGUCCUGGGCGAAGCGUCGCGGCUUGCCGGCCAUGCGCUCCUACAACGGCCACCUCUGGCAGUUCCGCUCGGCCGGGCCGGCGAACCCCUCGCAGCGCGACGCCAUGGAGCUGAAAAAGGAAAGAACGCGGCGCGAGGCGGCCUUUGUCCUGGUGGAGCGGCGAGUCUUGAGAUCCGGCCGCUGGCCGGGGCGGACAUGCCGCGAAGUAGCGCCGGCCUUGGCCCUCGCCGAGAGCAUCAAGCUUCAGAUUUUGAGCGAGGCUCGUUGCGAGUUCGACUGCGCUGGGCCAGACGUGGUCUACUCGACGCUCUUUGCGAUGCAUCUGGCUGGGGACCUUCUGCGGAAGCACUCGCCGUCGCCUCAAAGCGACCUCUGCGUGCGCCCGGAGGAGGUCGUGGUGGAAGAUCUGCCGGAGGAUGGCUUUCCCCCUGUGCGGCGCCGGCUGACGCGGCUCCACCUCUUCGGCGUCGCUUCGGCCGCGGCUUCGCCGCCGGCGUCGCCGGUGGAGCUCAGAGUCGGCUACGGCACCCACGUGGGCCUCGGCGCGGGGCUGGUGGCCUCGCUGCUCAAAGAGAAGUUCGCCGUGGCGCUGAGCGUGCGGCGCCGGCGAGUGGCAGUGGUGAAGGCCGUGAAGGUUGUGGCGGCUACGGACGCCUAUCUUCGGAGACAGGGUGUCGGGCGUGUGGCGGUGUCACUGCGCUGGCUGCGUGAUCCCAACCAGCCCUCGCAACCUGUCUUCGAGGAGCCAGAGGCGCCAUACCUGGUGGUACUCACGUGCAGGCUGCAGGACAGCGCCUGA